AUGUGCUCCCCUACAUGGAUAGCGGCGUUUGCAGGUCCAGCUUCCCACUCGCAACAGCAACUCGACUCUGCACCCAGCACAUUCCAAUCCAUCAACCCCGCCCUCACCCAUCUCGCAUCCUUUAACUUUGGAAUCUUCUGCUCGCUGCCACAGCCUCAUCAUCGUCGUCCCGGUAGCUUGAUUGACGGAUUUGCGGCCCCACUGUUACUCGUCUCCGCCCGCUCAGAGCCAGUCGCAGCACCGCAAAACUUAGACCGCGCGAUCGGCCGUCCAUCUGUGCCAUCGGUUCUUUGUUUGUGUAGGCACAGCUCGCCAUCGCCAUUGCCUUUUUCUGCGCGCCCGCUUGCCAGCAACUGGGGCCCCUCGUCAUCCCAGCGCAGCCUUGCGGAACCCCGCCGUCGGUCCGCGAACUUCCCCGCCACUCCCUCCCCCAAUCGGCCUCAGAACCGCCUCAUGAUUUCGCGCAUCACCCAAGUCGCCAGACACUUCGCAGCAGCUCCGACUUCGAUUUCUUCGGCUCCGAUUCUAUCUUCCCGCUCGCGCCCUCAUCUUGGUGGCAUCGCAGCUAUGGCGUCCGCCGCGGAGCGCCAGCGUCGCACGAUUCAGACGGCCGCGUGCCUCAUCAUUGGCGAUGAGGUGCUUGGUGGGAAGACAAACUCGGCGUACCUGGCUAAAUGGUGCUUCCAAAUCGGACUUCGAUUAAAGAAGAUCGAAGUCGUCGAGGACGAUGAGGCUGACAUCAUCGAUGCUAUUCGUCGCCUCAGCAACAAUUAUGACUUUGUGGUCACCAGGCAAGUUACGCGCAGUCACAGCUCGCAUCAGAUCGGCUCUAACUUGUCCAGCCACGAUGACAUCACCUACCAAUCAAUCGCCAAGGCCUUUGAUCUACCCCUCAAGCUUCAUGACGAAGCGUUCAAGAAGAUGAAGCUCCUUUCCAAGCCACAUCCCUCGCAGCCCAACUUCAACUGGGACGUGGACUCACCGGACUUGCGUGCCAAGCUGCGCAUGGUGUACCUUCCUACCGACGAGUCGCGGCCUUUGACGGACCAAUUUCUCUUCGCUAGUGAGGAGCUGUGGGUACCAGUCUCGGUGGUCAAUGGCAACGUUCAUAUCCUGCCUGGAAUUCCCCGCCUCUUCACGGCAUUGCUAGAGGGAAUCAAGCCUCACAUCCUCUCUCGACUCGUCGAUCCCGAAGGCAAGGGAAGCCACAGAGUCGUCAUUCAGACACCAUUUGCCGAAAGCAAAGUCGCAGCCUACCUGACUGAUCUCGCCGGCCGCGUCGAGCCCAAGGGCAUCAAGGUGGGUAGCUAUCCUCAUUGGGAUAGAAAGUUCAACACUGUGACCCUGGUGGGAAAGGAUCAAGCAUUUUUGGAAAGCCUGGUGGAUGAAGUGGUGAAGAAUGUCGACGGAAAGCGGGUUUUCAAGCCCGAAGACCUCGAAGGCGGACCACUGAGGGAAAGCAAGGCGUAG